AUGGCCACAACGCUUGAAGAUAAAUCGAUUUGGGAGGAUGGUGAAGAAGCUCUAAGCGAGGAGGUACUUCGCAUGCCAACAGACGAAAUUAUUAGCCGUACGAGGCUACUCGACAAUGAAAUAAAGAUUAUGAAAAGUGAAGUCAUGAGGAUCACUCACGAAUUACAAGCACAAAACGAUAAAAUUAAAGAAAACACUGAGAAGAUUAAGGUGAAUAAAACUCUACCGUAUUUGGUAUCAAAUGUUAUCGAACUCCUGGAUGUUGACCCACAAGAAGAAGAAGAAGACGGCGCUGUAGUCGAUUUAGAUUCGCAGAGAAAAGGUAAAUGUGCGGUCAUCAAAACAUCCACACGUCAAACAUAUUUUCUACCAGUCAUUGGUUUGGUUGACGCUGAAAAACUUAAACCGGGUGACUUAGUCGGUGUAAACAAAGAUUCUUAUUUGAUUUUGGAGACACUACCAGCUGAGUAUGAUGCCCGAGUUAAAGCCAUGGAGGUAGAUGAAAGACCAACAGAACAGUAUUCAGAUAUUGGAGGUCUGGACAAGCAAAUCCAGGAAUUGAUUGAAGCUGUUGUAUUGCCAAUGACACAUAAAGAGAAAUUUGUCAAUCUGGGCAUACAUCCACCCAAGGGAGUACUUCUGUAUGGUCCUCCUGGAACUGGCAAGACUUUGUUGGCUCGUGCUUGUGCUGCCCAGACUAAGUCAACCUUCCUUAAGCUUGCGGGUCCACAGUUAGUGCAGAUGUUUAUUGGUGAUGGUGCAAAAUUAGUUCGUGACGCCUUCGCCCUCGCUAAAGAAAAAGCACCUGCCAUUAUUUUCAUAGACGAGCUUGACGCCAUUGGUACUAAGCGUUUCGACUCUGAGAAAGCAGGAGAUCGUGAGGUGCAGCGUACUAUGUUGGAGCUCCUCAAUCAGCUGGAUGGAUUCAGUUCUACUGCUGAUAUUAAGGUGAUAGCAGCUACAAACAGAGUGGACAUCUUAGAUCCCGCCCUUCUUAGAUCCGGUCGCCUGGAUAGGAAGAUUGAGUUCCCGCAUCCCAAUGAAGAGGCAAGGGCGAGAAUUAUGCAGAUUCAUUCACGGAAAAUGAAUGUGAGCCCGGACGUGAACUUCGAGGAGUUGUCUCGGUCAACGGACGACUUCAACGGUGCACAGUGUAAGGCGGUGUGCGUGGAGGCCGGUAUGAUAGCGUUGCGCCGCUCUGCGUCUUCUGUCACGCACGAGGACUUCAUGGACGCUAUCCUUGAGGUGCAGGCCAAGAAGAAGGCUAACCUCAGCUACUACGCCUGA